UCUAAAAUCUGAAUCCAAAUCCAUAAGCCCAAACUCAAUAUUGGGCCCUGAAUACUUCUCUGUGGUGAAGAUUGCUUGAGAAGAUUGUAUUCAAUAAGAACUCUUACAGUGGUUGACUAAUAUUAGUACUGUUGAAGGAUAUCGACAUAAUGUGUGCCUCUACAAACUAGGGUUAGAGUUGUAAUAGGAAUGUGUUAUAGGUAUUCAAUUGUAAUCGGAUUCUAUUACCUUUUUUGGGUACCUUGUAACUCCCUAUUUAAAGGGCUCCUAUUAUCAAUAAUACACACAAUUCUAUUCUCCUACAACACGUUAUCAGCACGAGUUCUAACCCUAGCCCAAAAGAAAAAAAACCUAAAAACUCUCUCUCACAAAAACCUGCCGCAACCCUCCUUGCCCACAAAAAACCCUAGCUCGGCCUCCCCCCUGCAGUAGCCCACCUCCUGCAGCAGCCUGCAGCCCUCCUGCUGCGCACCCUCCUGCAGCCCCUGCUGCCAGCCCGCCUGCAACUCUUCCCUGCAGCCCCUGCCAUCCGCACUGCACACCAGCCCGCAGCCCAGCACUCCGCGCACCAGCCUCACCACAUCCUCCUACCGCAGCCCCUGCUGCCCCAGCCAUCUGCACUGCCGCACGACCUGCAGCCAACUGCGGCACGAUCUGCAGCCAACUGCGCACCCAGCCACCAGCGCCCACACCUGCGCCCCUGCCCAGUCCGCCUGCUUGCUACCUGCAGCCGCGCACCUGCAGAUUAGGAGGAGGAAGAACAGAGGAAAGAAAGAAGAAGAAGACGCGAAAAGAAAAAAAAAGGGAGAAGGAGAAGGGCUGGGCCCGAAAAAAAAAAGGAGGAAGAAGGAAAAAAAAAGGAAGGAGAAGGGCUGGGCCCGGAAAGAAAAAAAAGGGAGGAAGAAAAAAAGGAAGGGAGAAGGGCAGCCCAGCAACUGCCAAUUUCUGACCAGAUUCCAGCAAUCCUAAUUUAGCUACACGCCUGCAUCAACACGCGCGUGUCCUCAAGCCAAGAACAAUCACCAUGUCAAAUGAACCUAGACUCGACUUUCCCAUGCUUGACUCAACAGGCUCGGAGUACCAUAGCUGGGUAACCGAUGUUGAGAACCAUCUCACUUCAAAGGGAAUAUUGCCCAUAAUCCAGGCACCUAACCCGGAUCUUGUGUUCAUCCCAACACCUGCAAAACACGCUCAAGCAGUCAUCUUGAUGCGACGUCAUAUGGACAAAGCACUCAGAUUGGAGUAUAUGUCGAUCAAGGAUGCAAGAGAGCUAUGGGUAGCGCUAGAAGAGCGCUUUGACAAUGUCCAAGAUUCCCUCCUCCCUGACUUGAAGGUUCAAUGGAACAAUCUGCGCUUUGCUGACUUCAAGUCUGUUGCUGAAUAUAAUUCAGAAGCUCUUCGCAUACAAUCCAUGUUGAGGUUUUGUGGAAAACCUAUCACAGAACAAGAGCUAAUUGAGAAGACUCUCUCCACCUUCCCCGUUUCAGCCAUUGUGAUAUCAAAGCAAUAUCGUACUGAAGUCAAUGAUGGACGGAUCACGAGGUUUCAUCAGCUUAUCAAUAUCAUAUCUGUAGCUGAGAAACAUGAUAACAUACUUGUGAGGAAUUAUAAUUCAAGGCCCAUUGGAACUAAGAGCGUUCAUGAGGCGAAUUAUAAUGCACCCAAAGGAGGGCGCAAGGAGCGGUACCCUAAGAAUGGGGGACAUGAGGGACGUAUGGGCCCAUAUAACGGCCCUAACCAGGAAGGAAACCGCAAGUUUGGUGUGGAUACACGUGGUGGUAAUGCCACACAUGGGAGAGGGGGUCGUGGUAACCCUAGCCGUAAUGGUUGCUCCAUGGGUCGUGGUGGUGGCACCAACCCUCCUAGGGAACACCCGCAACGUGCACAACGUGCACCUCAAUUAAAGGGAGGCAACCACAAUGAUGAGUGUCAUCGAUGUGGAUCAAUUGAGCAUUGGUUCAAGCAAUGCAAGGCAAGUGAGGAACUAGCUGAAAGAUACAGGGCAUAUAGGGACCUGAGAGAGCAAGAAGUGUACCUUGUAGAAGAAGAAGAAGAUGGUGGAGAUGUCAAUCUCACCAUAGAGGACUUCAAAGCUGAAAAUGAAGUGCACAAGGAUGCAGCAGACUUUGAUUAGAUUAGUCCUUUUAUUUUUCCAAGAACUUUUGUAAUGGCAAUUUGCCUUAGUCAAUAAAUGACAAUUGUAUUAACUCUUUCUUAUGUGGCAGACCCAAUAAAAUGUGAUGUCUAGGAAAGUCAUUGAGAUUAUUGGUACUUAAGAGAGCCUCGCUCCACCAACAUCUCUCUCUACUUUCCUGGUCAUAUUUGAUUGGAGUUACCAAACGGAUAGAGUGACUACAAUGUGUCUUACUUUGAUUUUAUUUUGGAUUAGAUUUUGGAAACUUUGAUGUAAUUAUUGGCUAUUAAUAAAGUGUCGAUUCUUUUA